AUGAUUGAGACACCUGAUGCGUCCAGUGGUGUAUACCCUCAGAUACACCAGAUACGUGAAAUGAUUCGUGAGGUGUCGGGGGUGCUUGAAAGUGAUUUGCAAGUCGUUCGGGAAGGUUGGGAUAAACUUAGGAAAGCGAGAGAAACAAUAAUGAAAGGAUUUCUAGGGACUAAUAUCGAUUCACCCUCAGUACAUUCACCGCGUGAUCGGGGAACCAUUUUGCCAGAGGACGUGGAGUUGUCCACAAUGGAGGAUGGAGAGUCGAUGAAUGACAUGUGCAUUUCUGAGGAUAGUGCGUCAGAUAAUUCGCACGGAGAGGUUGAGAACGUAGGACGUGACGACGCUGCUCCAUCUUCGGAGUUACCAAAGAAGACAUUUAUGGGUAACGGUAGCGGGGGGUCGGAUGCUUCUAUUAUGGGAGAAGUUAGUGAGCAACAAGAGGACGCGAGUCACAUUCCAGAGGAAACCCAUUUCGAUGUUGGAAAGCGCAGCGGAAAGCUUCAAACUGUUUAUGCCUCAAUUCCGUGCGUGCACGUGAUUGAGGCGUGCACGAGGCCACACGUACACAAGAAGGGCAGUCGGUGCCUUUUUGAAAAGGGGACUUUUUGCGUCCCUCAAAGUCUUUCCAAGAAAACACCAACGACACAACCAUCCAAUAGGAAAAAGGUGUCUGCCGUCAAUUGUCAAUCUCGCCGACCCCGUCGUGCCGCGCAAACACGUGUGGACCGUAUGAUAUCACCCAGUGGUCCCUCCUACUCUCCAUGCCGAACGUCACCCGACCAAACCUUUUGGAUCAAUGUGUGGCCGUGUUUCGGAAGUUUUUCGGUACGGUCGUGUGUGCCCAGUCGUAUUGCUGUAUAUGGAAACUUUUUUUAUGUAGAGGACGUGAUUGAGAGAGCUGCUGCAGCCACCAAGUGCCGUCCAGCUCCACGUGUGUUGUACGAGCCUCACGGACGCCCUGUUUGUUCGGUGAAGCAGUUACUGCCGGAGCAUCACUAUCUAAUAUACCCGGGAGGGGCAUUGUACCGUCGCGAAAAUAUACCGGAAGCGCUGCUGCGGGAACUUAUUUGGUCAGCGAAGGCAAAACUCAUGGAAUGUGGAACGCCUCCUGGGAAAGCGGCGUCUUCGUGA